AGGCUGCUGGCCUCCCUGUCCCACCCCAACCUGACAACCUUCUACGAAGCCUUCUGCGACCACGGCAAGCUGUGCCUGGUGCUGGAGCUGGUGGGGGGCGGCGACCUGGGCUCCCUCAUCAAGUGGGUGCUCAGCAGCAGGGGGCGGAAACGACCCGGGAGUGACCAGGUGAUGGCCGCCUUCCUGCAGGUGGCGCUGGGCCUGCAGUACCUGCACCACAGCCACGUGCUGCACAGGGACCUGAAGCCCAGCAACCUGCUGCUGACUGAGCGGGGGGUGGUGAAGCUGGCGGAUCUGGGCAUCAGCCAGCUGCUGGACCGCGUGUUUGCCAGCGCCAUGAUUGGAACCCCCCACUACAUGCCCCCUGAGAUGUGGAGGCACCAGCCUUACUCCUACUCCGCAGACAUGUGGGCGCUGGGCUGCAUCCUGCACGAGCUCUGCACCCUGCGCCCGCUGUUCCUGGGCGGCAGCGAUGCCGAGGUGAAGCAGAAGGUGCUGGCGGGCGCGGUCCCCCCCAUCUCCCCCCGAUACUCUGAAGAGCUGCGCGGCCUGGUGGCGGGCAUGCUGCGGCACAGCCCCGCCCAGCGCCCCACCAUCGACGACAUCCUGCAGACGCCGCUGGUGCGC